AUGCGAACAAGUGCUGUUGAUAAUCUUAAAAAUGAUCUAUCAAAUACAAUUGAUAAGUUUGGUGAUACUAUGGAUGAAAGACAAACAAAGGUUACUGAUUCAUUCAAAGGAUUAUUUGAACAAAUAAAAAGAUAUUUAUUUAUUGCAUUCAUAAUUGUUCUCCUAAUUGUUCUACUACUUGCGUUGAAUUUAUGUACAAAUUUAUUUAUUUGUGUUCAUACUUACCGUCCAUUAUGGUUUAAACAUCAAAAAAAUAGUUUAUACAAUCAAAACAAUGGUAAUCAUUUUGAACUUGCAACACCAACAGCAACAAAAAAUUAUUAUCAACGAAAUUCAUCAGCAAAUCAUCCAUAA